GUGGUCACUAGCUGCCAAGAAAAAAUCCAGCACUGGAAGAAGGUGGAGAGCGAUUAUGAUGCUCUUCAGGAACGACUCCGUACGUUGCCCGACAAACUGUCCUACGAUAUCAUGGUACCUUUUGGUCCUCUUGCCUUCAUGCCAGGAAAACUUGUCCACACCAAUGAGGUUACUGUUCUGCUUGGGGACAACUGGUUCUCAAAAUGCUCAGCAAAGCAGGCUGUUGAGCUGGUUGAGCACAGAAAAAAACAUGUAAGGAAAGCACUGGAUGAUUUGCAAAAAGUCAUGAAGAAUUUUGAAUCACGAGUUGAAUUCACAGAAGAUUUGCAGAAAAUGAGUGAUGCUGCAGGUGAUUUUGUUGACAUAAGAGAAGAAAUUGAAGAUGACAGCACUGAAACAAAAGGAAAAUACCGAACUGCUCACAAACCUCAUUCCAAGCCAAAAGUAUCAAAUGUUUUUGAGGUAGAUUUUGCAGCAAACGGAAAUGAUACAAAAUCAAUGGGCCGUUUUCAGUCAGAGGAUGAACUGUGGGCCCGCUUAGAAGAGCUGGAGAGACAAGAAGAGAUACUUGGUGAACUUGACAGGACGCCUGAUACAGUUGAGGCAAAUGGAGAAGAUACAGCCUCCUCUGAAGAGGAGAAAGAAGACAAGAGGACAGAUCUGAAUGGGACAUACAGAGCAGAAGACUGUAUUACUCAGGGCAGCUUCCAUAAAGAAGUAACACAUUCAGACUUGUUUGGUGGCCAAGUUAAUGGCUCUACUUAUUAUCACAGUGAUGAUGAAGAUGACACAGAUGUUGGAGAUAGCUCUGUUCCAACUAUUUUUUUCUCUCACACUGUUGAACCUAAAAGGGUAAGAAUAAACACAGGAAAAAAUACUACUUUGAAAUUCAGUGAAAAGAAAGAAGAGGCCAAGCGUAAAAGGAAGAACAGCAAUGGCAAUGGCCAUGCAACUCCAGAACUGCCUAACAUCAAAACCCCAGCAGACAUUUACCGAGUCUUUGUUGAUGUUGUGAAUGGAGAAUAUGUCCCUCGUAAAUCAAUUUUGAAGUCUCGAAGCAGAGAGAACAGUGUUUGUAGCGAUACCAGUGAGAACAGUGCUGCUGAGUUUGAUGACAGACGAGGAGUUCAGAGGAGUAUUAGCUGUGAUGAAGCUACUCAGAGUGACAACAGCGAAGGCAUACUGGAGGAAGAGGAGGAGGAGGGGCAGCAGCAGCUACCGAAAAAGCUUCCUCCCUCUUCAGGGACAACCGAG